AUGGCUGCCGCUAUUCCCCCUGGUGGUACUUGGUUCGAUACUCUCAAGCGGUCUUUCGCCGAUGUUCCUGUUAAUGACAAUGGCAUUUCGACCACUGAGUUCCUCGAGGCCGCUGAGUCCUUGGUGACCCUGUUCGAUCUCCUCGGUAGCAAGUGCUUUGCCCCCGUCAAGAACGACCUCCUCGGAAACAUUAAGAAAGUUAGAGACAGGCAGCUGGCUGCCCCUGCUGAGUCUGAGACUCUCCAGGCACUUGUCGUGAACGAAUUGAAGACUGGAAAGCACGUCGCCACCGAGGGAUUGUUGUGGCUUGUCCGUGGCCUUGAUUUCACCGUUCAAGCUCUCCGUCACAACCUCGACAAGGAGACUGAACUGUCGGUUUCCUUCCGUGAAGCCUACGGCAACACACUCAAGCCCCACCACUCGUUCGUUGUCAAGCCCAUCUUCUCCGCCGCGAUGUCUGCCACGCCGUACAGAAAGGAUUUCUACGAGAAGCUCGGUAGCGACUCCGACAAGGUCAAUGCUGCUUUGAAGCGGGAGGUUGAGGCUUUGGAGAAGAUCGUCGCGACUCUGAACGCGUUCCUGAGUAGCAAGGAGGCGAAGUGGUAA